GAGAGACGACCAAGCUGUCCUCGAAAAUGUCAAAUGAUGGUGAGGGUAGCCAGGAAGAGAAUUUAUUAUCUUAAUUUAUAUAUUGAAACUUUUAAGUCUACAGGCUCAAAACAUCUAUGCAACAUUAAAUUUUCCCAUUGUGAAUGGCUUAUGAAAGAUUUCUUAAGGAUUGUCCUCAAUCAUCUGUUCAUAAGCAACUAUUUUUUUUCAGUAUCACUUUUCAAAACAAAUGGCAGAAAAACUAUUUGUAUUGGUUUUAAUAAAUUACGAUCAAACGGUAUGAAAUUAAAACGUUACAUUAAUCAACUGUGGAUGCGUCAUCGGGACACUGAUGAAAACUGGUAUGCGUAUCUCUUUUUUGGAUUACUUCGCGUAAUUCUUGUUUUUAUACCUCAAAAGGGUUAUAUACAUCCCGAUGAAUUCUUUCAAUCGGUGGAAGUUAUGACUGGCGAUCAUUUCCAGCUGGAACAUGUCCGUACCUGGGAAUUCAAUAAUACAAUGCCGGUGCGCAGUAUAACAAUACAAUUCCUUCUCCUCCGUAUUCCAUGGAGUUUCUUCGAAUUUUUCGCCUUGUACAUGCGGCAAUAUUUUGCCAUAGAACUGCUACGAAGUUAUACCUAUCUGGUUUUUCCGCGACUAAUAAUGUGUGCUCUGUCUUUUGUCAACGAUUGGAGUUUGUAUCGCAUUUGCCGUUUGUUUAGUCUUAACUACGAAAUACGUCUGCUGGCGCUCUCCAGCUCUUGGGUAAUGCUGAUAUUUGGCACACGCACCUUUUCCAAUACCAUUGAAUUAGCUUUAUGUUCGCUUAUGCUUUCACUUGUCGCCGAAUGUAUGAUCAAAACGAAUACAGUUAUCUAUAAGAAGGAGAUGCUGGAAGAACGUUACGAUAAUGCGAAAUCAAUAAGUGAGCGCGUUAAAAUGUGGCGUUUAUGCAAAUCCCUGCCAGCUCACAACUACACGCACACAUUACUCGUAGCUAGCAUUAGUGUAGCAGGCGUUUUUAAUAGACCAACUUUUUUGGUUUAUGGUGCGCCAAUGGUAUUCCAUUGGCUACUGCGAGGAAUGGGCACAAAAACUAUUACAUUCCGAGACUUCAAUUUACGCAUACUUCUGUUUUGCAUUAGCGCUUUACCUGCACUAGUAUUCUUCAUAGUGUGUGAUUCAUUUUAUUAUAAAUAUCUUACCGGUGGUGAACUACAAAUGUUGCAGUUAAGUAUUAAUAACUUCGUAAGUACGCCUUGGAACUUCAUUAAGUACAAUUUAGAUUCGAAAAAUACUGCUGAGCAUGGAAUACAUCCGAAAUAUGUGCACUUGUUGGUAAAUAUGCCCUUGCUUUUCAAUGUGCUUGGAAUAGUGGCAAUUGUUUCGUUUGGACGCCUCUUAAUACGCUUUUUUCGUGCGGAUUAUCAAAGUUUACCGCGGGCACAAAGCAUAAUCAGCUUAAUGACCAGUGCUAUAUUUGUGCCAUUUUUCUUUUUGUCACUCAUUAACCAUCAAGAAGCGAGGUUUCUUUUGCCGAUACUACUUCCCAUAGUUCUCAUGCAUGCACCCAAACUGCACCAUGGACUUUGUCCAACAUAUCCCUUUAAAGAAGAACAUCCUCUUAUGCGAAAAAUCUACAGUACGGUGCUAUGCACACAAGUUUCUGCUAAGCCUUUGUUGAAAACAUGGUAUAUGUGCAAUAUUGGACUUGUAAUAUUUUUUGGCUUUAUUCAUCAAGCCGGCGUAGUUCCACUCACUCAACAUUUUGAGAAUGUAAUGCUCGAAAAAUCACCGGCUCAGCAUAUACACUUAAUUACCUCGCAUAUAUACAACGUGCCGCUGACUCUAGUCAAUGUGCCCAGUUCACAAGUGUUACAUUUAAACAGGGAAACGGGACAGCGAUAUCGUCGACACAAAGAUUUCUAUAUCUAUGAAUAUGGCAGCCUAAAAAUGGAUCAGUUGUUAGGCAAAAUCAAACUGAUUCUGUCACAUUGCGAAACGAAAUAUAACACAAAGCAACAGAAGUAUAGUCUGUACUUAGCUUUGCCCGCACCAUUGAGUGACGAUUUGGCUGCGAAGCUACGUACGUCCAAGGCAAGUUCAUAUAUGCGUGCUCAAUUAAUACGAGUUUUCUAUCCGCACGUAUCAACGGAAAUAUUACCCCACUUUCUGAGUACAGGGCAUAAUUCUACAAUCACAAAAGACACCAUGUUAAGUUAUGAUUAUGUGAGUAAACAGUUGCUUUCGUUUUUGAGGCAGUUUGGCUUGGAGCUUUAUGAAGUACAAAUUCAACGCAAUAGUCAUACGGCGAAGCAUCAUAUGCAGAAAAUAUCUAAGAAGAUGGCAUAAAUACUUGGAACUUAACUCAAGAAGAGGCAGUUGAAAAAAUAAUUUUUUUUUACCUAUUUAUGCUUAGCCUUUACCAAAAUUUGAAUUCUAGUCACGAUUUAUAUUCAUAUGUAAUAAGGAUCUAUAUUUAGCAUUCCACUGUAAAAUAAAAUUAAAUAUUUUAAUAAUGAAAUACAGUAAA